AUGGGAAGGCGAGCGGUGAUGAGGCCACCAAAUGCUGACAGAGUUCGACAAGGAAGGGGUGGUCGAGCACAAGCGGCUGGUCGUGUGUAUGCUAUAACGGGCGCGGAAGCAGCAAGCUCAGGUAACCUCAUUAUCAGUACUUGCUUACUGUAUGGAAAAUCUUGUUGUGUAUUAUUUGACUCGAGGGCAACACAUUCCUUCAUCUCGAAGGCGUGCGUUGAGAAACUAGGAUUGAUUGAGAGUGAGAUGCAGUUUGACUUGGUGGUGUCAAGCCCAGCGGCUGGUGAGGUUAGGACAUCUACUAUGUGCAUUAGAUGUCCUACUGAGGUGGAAGAGCGUAGAUUUAAGGUGAACCUUAUUUUCUUACCUCUUCAAGGUUUAGAGGUAAUUCUAGGAACGGAUUGGUUGGCUGCUAAUCACAUUCUUAUAGAUUGUGGUGAGAAGAGACUGGUAUUUCCUGAUGGAGAAGAAGAGUUUUCUGUAACGAUCGGUCAGUUGAGGGAACAUAUCAUGGAGGGUGUCGGUUGCUUUUUGGUAUUGUCUUAUCUGGAAGCAGUUGAGGACAAAUAUUAUGGACAUUCGGUGCAAGGCGAACAGACUGACAACUGUUCGAUCAUUAGUGAAUUCAUGGACGUGUUUCCUAAUGAAGUCCCAAGAUUACCCCCUCCAAGAGAAGUGGAAUUCUCUAUUGAUCUAGUGUUAGGGGUCGGUCCAAUCUCCAUUGCACCAUACAAAAUGUCUUCAGCAGAGUUGACUGAGCUCAAGGGUCAAAUUGAAGAUUUAAUGGAUAAGCAAUUCAUUAGGUCGAGCGCAUCACCUUGGGGAGCGCCAAUCCUCUUAGUUAAGAAGAAGGAUGGAAGCUCUCGGCUCUGUAUUGACUAUAAGCAGUUAAACAAGUUGACUAUCAAGAACAAGUACCCCUUGCCUAGGAUUGAUGAUCUAUUGGAUCAAUUGCAUGGGGCUGUUAUAUUUUCGAAGAUUGAUUUAAGAUCAAGGUAUCAUCAGAUUCGGGUUAAGGAAGGGGACGUCUAG